GUGAACGUAGAAAGGGACAGACAGGGCGGUAUUCACAGUCGCAACUUAUUUCUAAGCUGGGCUUAAACACGUGCUUAAGACGUCGGCUAGAUUCACAGUCGCCGAAUAAGCAACAUCUUAAGUCUGAGGUUAAACAUUUGCUUAGAAAAGUAAAUGCUUAUUGGUGUAGAUUCACAGUCGAUGCUUAAUACCGUUUUAAGAUCUUAUGAAUUCAUAGUCGAAUAAGUCCGCCUUAUUUGUAGAAAACGAGUUCUUAUUUGGCUUUAUUGAGGUUAGAUUUUUAAGUCGACGAUAUUGAGGACUUAAGCACGCGUUUGAAGAUGUUAUUGUGGUGUAUUAAACAAUUUAUUUUGAUUAAAUACAAAAUGAACUUCGAGGAUAUCGAUGAUAUCGAGGACAUUGAAGACAUUGAGGACAUUGAGGACAUUGAGGACAUCCAGAAUGAACAUCCAGAAAUAUCAAGGCGAUACAUUCGAGACGGGAGUGAUCCGUUUGAUUGUUUUGACGAGGAAGAAUUCCGUAGACGCUACCGUUUCACGAAAGACUCUGUUUUAAAUGGAAUUUUGCCUAAAAUUGAAGCAGGGCUACAUAAAAGUAAUAAUCGCGGUUUACCGAUCCCUCCUGCGAUGCAGCUCUUAAUUUGUUUGCGGUAUUAUGCUACUGCAAGUUUUCAACUUAUUCUGGGAGAUACGAUGAAUGUUUCUCAGCCCACAGUCUCCCGCAUAGUAUUUAGGGUGAGUUCAUUAAUAGGCAGUCUGAUGACGGAGUAUAUUAAGUUUCCCAGGGAUCCGGACAAUUCCACUCAAAAUCGCAGGUUAUUCAAUAAUCUGGGAUACGGAAACAGAGCUAUUGGUUUACCAGGUGUGGAUGGCGCUAUUGAUUGCACCCACAUUAGAUUAACAGCAUCCAGAUUCAACAACAUGGAAGAAAUGUACCGGAAUAGAAAAGGAUAUUUUUCAUUGAAUGUUCAGGCUGUCGUGGGUCCUUGUAUGGAAUUUUUGGAUAUCGUACCAGAGUGGCCUGGCAGUGCUCAUGAUAGCAGAAUUUUUCGUACAUCCCGAUUACACAUGCGAUAUGUGACGGGAGAAUUAGAUGGAAUCCUUGUCGGGGAUGGUGGAUAUCCAUGUCUGCCUUUUCUUAUGACACCCCUGCGGAAUCCCCAGUCUGAAGAAGAAAUAAGGUACAAUGAAAUCCAGAUCAGGACCCGACAAAUAGUAGAGAGAACGUUCGGUGUUUGGAAGCGCCGUUUUCCAUGUCUGUCAAGGGGUCUAACAACGAAGCUAUUAUGUUCCACAACAACGGUAGUUGCAUGUGCUGUGUUGCACAAUUUAGUCCUCAUUUUCAAUGACACUCUUGUUCAAGAAGAUGAAAUUGAAAUCGAAAAUGAAGAUGGUGAAGCAUUAUUGGGAAACAUGGAAAAUGAUAAUGGCGUUGAUGGAUUUUCUACACGUGAAGCACUCAUUGCCCGUAUGUUUAAUUAAGUACUUGCAAUGUAAUGUAAUAAGGGGUUUUUUAUGCCGUAAGGCUUUUUCCCCUUAUUGUGUCUAUCGAGCCAAUAAA